AUGGCUCUCUCGGCGCCACUUCAGAACCUCUCCGCAGUAAUCUCCGCCACCGGAAAUGCCACCACAGCAGGGACGCGGCCGCCGAGAGGCCGGCACUGGGCGGUUCACGCGGCUUCUGACACAAGCGCCUCCGCGCCGGUGCAGUCGGGCGGGUACGAAGAAGGGAAGCUUGAACGACCCAAGUGGGCUGGGGAGACCCCUCUUUCUCGGCUGGUUCAAUCUAUCAUCUCCUUCAAGCCUUUGUACUAUUUUCUCAAACUUGGUGCUAGAAGGGCUUUGAUAAGUACUGCUGAGAAGAAUAACAUACCUUGGAGGCAGAUGGUGAAAGAGGUUCUAGAGUCAGAAGUGUAUAGGGAGAUGGACAGCAUUCAAAACCUCUCUUUAGUGUACCCUGAUUAUUAUUUGAAUCCAUUCCAUGCGUAUGAGGAGGGCAAUCUUACAUGGCUGGCAGCAGCAGAAGCAGAGGCUGCUACAAUGUCAAUGGCUAGACGAGCACUUCCAGAUGCUUCUUCAGUGGAGGAAGCAAAUCGGAUACUGCGUGGCAAUUGGCUUCAUGCAAUUGAACAACACCAUAUACAGUAUUCAGAAUCAUCUGUGAUUAAUGACAUUCUAGAUAUUGGAUGCUCUGUAGGUAUAAGCACAAAAUAUCUUGCAGACAAGUUCCCCACAGCCAAAGUCACCGGCCUAGAUCUGUCACCCUAUUUUCUAGCUGUGGCUCAGCAUAAGCAAAAAAGAGCAAUGCCUAGAAAAAUUCCUAUAAGAUGGAUACAUGCAAAUGGGGAAGACACAGGCUUGCCUUCUAAAUCAUUCGACCUUGUUUCUCUUGCCUUUGUGCUUCAUGAAUGUCCUACAAGAGUUAUAGUGAAUUUAGCGAAGGAAGCAUUCUGUCUACUUCGGCCUGGAGGCACACUAGCUUUAACAGAUUUUUCGCUGAAAUCAAAGGUCCUUCAGGAAUUGUCUCCUGUUCUGUUCACACUGGUUAAGAGCACAGAACCUUUUCUGGACGAGUAUUAUUUGACUGAUAUGGAUGAAACACUGAGGGAAGCUGGUUUUGUGAACAUAACAUCAAUUCUUACAGACCCCAGACACGUCACAAUUACGGCAACAGUGCCUCAAUGA